AUGGCACUGAACGAACCCUCCUCCUCCAGCAAGUCCACGCCUCGACGACCCUGGACCGUCCUGACCAUCACCGGAGCGCUCUCGGUCUUUGCCAUGAUUUCCUUCCUCACCGCCUCCCCAGCCCAUGGUUUAUCCUCCGGUCAUGUCUUUGACAAGCGUAUGCUCUCUGUGAAUACGAAGGUCUUGGAUGAGGCUGCGGAAGAAAUUCUUAGUGGUGCACACGGCCAAAUCCUGCAGAAGCGAGGCAAGGCAUCGCCUGGCAAAUCGAAUGCAGACCUGGAAUGGAUCCGCUUGCGAUUGGGUACAAAGUCGCCUUAUCCCCAUGAGGACAAACCUGAGGGUUCAUUGGACGAUGUGCCUGAUGGAUACGAGCUUGUGCAGCUUCAUCUUAUUUGCAGACAUGGUACGAGAUAUCCAAGUGCGUCGGAUUCGGUCGCCUACAAGAAGCUGACGGAGAGACUCAGUAACACAACUGUACCAGGCUAUGAAUGGAUUCGUAACUGGUCAAGCGAGACUUGGUACCCUCCUUCGAGGGGAAACUUGCUCGCAACGCGUGGUGAUGCCGACCUUUAUGAGAUCGGACGCCGCUUCGCGAAGCGAUACGAGUCGUUCUUGGAUCAGUAUCCGUAUAGUCCCAACAACUAUGAGUUCCGCAGCUCCCAUAAGUCCCGCUGCAGUCAGUCUGCAUACGGAUUCUCCCUGGGAUUCUUUGAGGACCGAUUAGUCAGUGAUGAGGAGCCUCACCGCUCAAAGAGCGGCAGACAUCUGGACGCCCCACCUUCCCAGCCCAUACACAUUUACACCGUCCCACAGGGCUUGGAUCAGGAGAUGGCGGUCGAGGACUCGUGCCCGAAGUACCUGAACGAGGUUGCGGACCAGCCUGCAGUAGGAAAGCAAGUGAAAUUGUACCAAGACAGCUUUAUCCCGGUGCUCGCCCAGAACCUGUCGACAACUUUUGGCGUUAACUUCACCGCCAAGGAUGCCUCUCGCAUCUACCAGAUGUGCGGUUUCGAAGCCUCGAUCUAUGAUGAUGUCACGACCUGGUGCCAAAUGCUUCUUCCUAUCGCGGGUAAGAAUGACAAGAAGGGCAACCAUGGUCAGGAUAAAUCCCGACAGGACAACUUUAUCAAGUUGGAGAUCGCUGGCGAUCUGGAUGACUUCUACACCCAUGGCCCUGGAGUUCCUUUUAACCAGGAGAUGGGAUGCAAAUUGGGCACCUCGUUGAUGCAAUCGAUCGAAUUGGCACUCUCCAGUGGCCCUGAUGCUAUCGGGGAUGGUGCCGAUGGUGGCUCGACUGACUUGUACCGCGGACACCUCAAGUUUGGCCACUCUGAGACUAUCAUGUUUUUCUCCACAUAUCUGGGCCUUUACAAUCGGACCGGUGUCGUACUGACUGCCGACAUGACUCCAGACCAGUAUGCGAAGCGCGAAUUCCGCUCCAGUCUCUUCGCGCCCUUUGCUGCUAACAUGGCCUUUGAAGUCUUCCAGCCCAAGGCCUCGGGUUCGAACAAGAUCCAUCGCCGUCGUCUCAACCGCCGUGCUGCAUCAGACCCUCAAGGCUUGGUCCGCUUGCUGGUCAACGAGAUGCCCCUGCCUAUCCCCGGUUGCGACGGCGCCAUGUUCUGCGAGUGGUCCAAGUUCAAGAGCAUUUUGAUUCAGCGUGGGGCAGGAUGUGAUUUUGAGAGCUGCUGUGGAACAGUUCCACCAAUUUCAGGAAAAACCUCACAACUGAGCGUGACCUUCGCUGCGAAUGCGACAUGCCCCUCGACAACUCCUGUUGUCCCCUAA